AUGCCUCACUCACUGGCGGCUUUUUUGUGCGCUCUUGGCAUUUCGCUGCGGUCCUUUCACAGACGGUCGAAUAUUGACCACCGACUAUUGUCCCACGACAUUCAUCAUAAUCACCAGGAGCGUCUCGCCCAAACCGUCAAAAUGGUCAACAUUCCAAAGACUCGUCGCACCUACUGCAAGAACAAGUCCUGCAAGAAGCACACUCAGCACAAGGUCACCCAAUACAAGGCCGGAAAAGCCUCCCUUUUCGCCCAGGGAAAGCGUCGAUACGACCGCAAGCAAUCCGGUUAUGGUGGUCAAACCAAGCCCGUCUUCCACAAGAAGGCAAAGACAACCAAGAAGGUCGUGUUGAGAUUGGAAUGCACAGUAUGCAAGACGAAGGCUCAACUGGCGCUGAAGCGAUGCAAGCAUUUCGAGUUGGGUGGUGACAAGAAGACGAAGGCGUGGUCAUGCAAUUCUACGGUGCGGUUGCGGAAGCAAUUUCGAUCAACGACGUAUGCGGUAACAACGGUCUACCAGGAUGGUUUUCACCGCCAUAGCGGUGAUGCUAUCAUUGUCCCGGCCCUUGCGAAGCUACAAGCACAGCCCCGAAUCAGAAUUGUGAAGAAGUGGAGCGGCCACUAUAUCCAGGCGCAUGGGUUGACGAGCUAUCUGUUUACAUCCCUGCGCGAUCGAGUCUGCCCAGACACGUUUCUACGAAUGCAAGACUGCAAGUCCGACGCGGACUACUGCCCGUCCACAAUCAGUGGGCAUGCCAAUGCUCAUCCGAAUGAAGUGAAGUCCGAGAUUGUUUCCUGA